GAGUUAUUGCAUGCCAUAUUUCCAUCCCUUUUUUUCUCUCAUCUUCGUUACCAAAUUCUUUGUUUCACCUUUUCUCACAAUCCUUUAAAGCAAUCAACUUUUAAAGAGAAAAAAUGGAAACAGAAAGCUUUUCUAGUUUUUUAGUAGUAUAAAACCAAACAUGUCAAACAUACCAAUAUCUCUCUCUGAAAUUUGUCUUACUCUGUUUCGCUUAACCAUGUCAGUUGCAGACCCUUGGCCCUUUUCUUGAUACACACACACACACACACCCCAAGUUCCAAUCUUUUUCGUCAUUUCUGUCUUUUCACAUCAUUUCCCAACUUGGGUUUUCAUUUUCUUGAAAAAAGAUGAAAAAAUUUAGAGGUUUUUUACUCAAACGCAGAGUCAUCUCACUUUUCCGGUGUACUUGCCGGAGAUAUUCCCGGGCGAGGGGUUAUCGCCGGCUAAACCCAUCACACAUAUCAUCAUCAAGAAUCUUGAAGUGGGUCGACAAAAUUAAGUCAAAAGCAUUAGAAAUAUGUUCAAAACAGCCGGGUCAUAAUUCGGGUUAUUUGCGUUUCCGACAAGAUCCGGUAGUUCCAAAGGGGAAGUUGGCGGUAUAUAUUGGUCAAAACGACGGCGUUUAUGAAAGAGUAUUGGUGCCUGUUAUAUAUAUAAACCAUCCGUUGUUUGGACAGUUGCUACAAAAGGUGGAAGAUGAGUAUGGCCAUGAGCAUGCUGGCGGUAUCACUAUUCCUUGCCGCAAAUCGGAAUUUGAGAACGUGAAAACAAGGAUUGCUGCCGGAAGUGGUGGCCGGAAAGUGUUAACGUGGAAACGUUCCAUUUGAUGAUGAUGGUGAUGGUGAUAAAACUUAAAUUUUUGUAGACUUUUUUUUUCACCUUUGUCUUUUUCUUAUAUA